GCCGGGUUCAACGGUUGAUCACAUGAUUUCUGUUAUCGUUCGGGCUUUUUCGAGAUUUUCUGGAGGAAAAAUACUCUCAGUCUGUGUCAGGUGCUCAAGUGAUCAUCUCGGAAGACCUGUGUGAAUUCUUCGAAAGAAUUUGACUGUGAAAAAAAAGAUGGCCAGCAACACCCAGGGAAUCCAGCAAUUGCUGGCAGCUGAAAAGAAGGCAGCAGAGAAGGUUGCUGAAGCACGAAAACGCAAGGCUCGUCGUCUAAAGCAGGCCAAAGAUGAGGCAACGGAGGAAAUUGAGAAGUACAGGGUGGAGCGCGAGCAACAAUUCAAGGACUUUGAGGCAAAACAUGUUGGUUCCAGGGAGGGAGUUGCCAAUAAAAUUGAGGCAGAUACAAGGUUGAAAAUUGACGAUAUGAAUAGGACAGUGCAGAAUCACAAGGAGCGCGUGAUCCAAGAAAUCCUGACGCAUAUCUACAACAUUGAACCAGAGAUGCACAAGAACUUCAAGAAUUCAGCCAAGUAACUUAAUGCCCCACAUUACACUUCCAAUGUCCUUUUAAACAUAAAUUGUAGACAUCUAAAUUCCUCUUGCUAAAAAAUGCUUGUAAUUUCUCUGUAAAAAGAUGAUAUAAAAAUAAACAAAACAGUAUUUGUGAA